CACGUGUCACGUGCCUUUAAAUAUGAUUGGUGGAUGUAAUCGAGCGGUAUGACGUGUGACACACCGGAUCAUACUCGCGAAGAACACACUUCUCCUUAUCGUGGGUGGCUGCCGUGAUAGAAGUUGAUGGAAGUUAUGAUUAACACGUAGCCGGCGUUCGACGUGUCCUAGCCUCCUAGCUUUAGACAUUUGGGUAGCGAUUUGGUAAUUUGUUUGCGCACCGUUUGAUCCUCGCAAGGUGUCGUGUUGCACGAGAUACAUCGCGCGAAUAAUUUAUACACAUACACAUAUGGCGAACGCCACGUUGCGACAAAACAUGCUGCCGAACAAGUCGUCGCCCUCUUCGUCGUCGUCCUCGUCCUCCAGCACGGCGAACGCGAAGGUCAUGUUUCCCGAUAAGAGACCGACGACUAAGCAAAUGAAGUCGUCCACGUUGACGAACGCAGCCGGCCUCAGUCUCACCACCUUCACCGUGCUUCUGCUCGCCUGGAUAUCGGGUUUCGCAUCUCGCCUUUUCGCCGUCAUACGUUUCGAGAGCAUCAUCCACGAGUUCGAUCCGUGGUUUAACUACAGAGCAACGGCGUACAUGGUGCAACAUGGAUUCUACAAUUUUUUAAAUUGGUUUGAUGAACGAGCAUGGUAUCCACUGGGACGAAUUGUUGGUGGAACUGUCUAUCCUGGUCUCAUGAUAACAUCUGGAUCGAUACACUAUAUUCUGCACUCUUUAAACAUACCAGUGCAUAUAAGAGACAUAUGUGUAUUCUUAGCUCCAAUUUUUAGUGGCCUUACUGCCAUAUCUACAUAUUUAUUAACAAAGGAAAUAUGGAGCGCUGGAGCUGGCUUAUUCGCCGCUUGCUUCAUCGCCAUUGUACCUGGCUAUAUCUCGAGAUCCGUAGCCGGCAGUUACGAUAAUGAAGGGAUUGCAAUCUUUGCAUUGCAAAUUACCUAUUAUCUCUGGGUUAAGUCAGUCAAAACUGGUUCAAUCUUUUGGGCAAGCAUAACUGCUCUAUCUUAUUUCUACAUGGUAUCAGCGUGGGGAGGCUAUGUGUUCAUUAUUAAUCUCAUUCCAUUGCAUGUAUUUGCCUUGCUGGUCAUGAAUCGCUUUAGUAAUCGAUUAUUCACCAGUUAUACAACAUUUUAUGUUCUUGGACUUCUAUUGAGUAUGCAAAUACCAUUCGUUGGUUUUCAACCAAUUAGAACUUCUGAACAUAUGGCAGCAGGUGGUGUAUUCGGUCUUCUAAUCUUCGUAGCAGCUCUUAGAUACUUAAGAACUGUACUUACCAAGUCUGAGAUGAAAUAUUUCGGUGGUGUAGUAGCUGUAACAGCGACUAUACUCCUAUUAAUUCUGAUCGCAUUAACGUACGCUGGUGUUGUCGCUCCUUGGAGCGGUAGAUUUUAUUCUCUUUGGGAUACUGGUUAUGCCAAAAUACAUAUCCCUAUAAUAGCAUCUGUAUCUGAACAUCAACCGACAACUUGGUUCAGCUUUUUUUUCGACUUGCACAUUCUUGUCACAACAUUCCCGGUUGGUCUGUGGUAUUGCAUUAAGCACAUAAAUGAUGAACGUGUCUUUGUCAUAUUAUACGCCAUAAGUGCCGUUUAUUUCGCUGGAGUGAUGGUGAGGCUUAUGUUGACUUUGACUCCAGUAGUGUGUAUACUGGCCGGUGUUGCUAUGAGCAGACUUAUGGAAUUAUACCUCAAAGAGGAGGACAGGGACGAUCGUAACGGUACUGAGAGCAAUGAGGAGAGCGAGGAAGAAAGGGAGAGAAGUCCUGGUAGAGCGUUGUACGAUAAAGCCGGUAAACUACGUAGAAUGAAGCAUGAGAGGCCGAAGGGUAACGGCGAUGGAUUAGGCGCCAAUCUACGUAAUGGUGUUAUUAUCGGCGUGUUAAUGUUGCUGAUGAUGUUUACUGUGCACUGCACAUGGGUGACUAGCAAUGCAUACUCUAGUCCAUCUAUCGUUUUGGCAUCCUAUAGUAACGAUGGGGGUAGAGCCAUACUCGACGAUUUUCGAGAAGCUUACUAUUGGUUAGCUCAAAAUACACCCAAUGACGCGAGAGUUAUGAGUUGGUGGGACUAUGGUUAUCAGAUUGCUGGUAUGGCGAACAGAACUACACUUGUGGACAAUAAUACGUGGAAUAAUUCGCACAUAGCUCUGGUUGGUAAAGCGAUGAGCUCGAAUGAAAGUGCCGCUUAUGAAAUUAUGACAUCUCUAGAUGUAGACUAUGUGUUGAUCAUUUUUGGUGGUAUGAUUGGAUAUUCCGGUGAUGACAUUAAUAAAUUCUUAUGGAUGGUUCGAAUCGCUGAGGGCGAACAUCCUCAGGAUAUCCGUGAGAGUGAUUACUUUACCGAGAGGGGAGAAUUCCGCGUGGAUUCCGAAGGUUCUCCCACUUUAUUGAACUCGCUAAUGUAUAAGCUGAGUUAUUAUCGGUUUGGAGACGUUAAAAUAGACUAUCGAUCGCCUCACGGUUACGAUCGUACUCGUAACGCCGAAAUAGGCAAUAAAAAUUUCCAGUUAACAUAUCUGGAAGAAGCUUACACUACUGAACAUUGGCUUGUCAGGAUUUACAGGGUGAAAAAACCAGCAGAGUUUAAUAGACCAAGAAUUCCGAUUUCUGGACGGAUUAUUACACGUCGUGCAAAUUCAUAUGUUAGUAAAAAGAAUGCACGACGUAAGCGAGGUUUCAUAAAAGGCCGGCCAGUUGUUAUUAAAGGACAGAAACCUCAACGACAAACGACGUAACGAAGAUUCGCUGACUAUUUCAUAACAAUUUGCAAAUACAACUUUUGUAAUAAAAGAAUUACCGUCCUUGGGUCUACCACGAACUAUACCUCGAACUAAGAAUUUAUUAUCGUCAAAAGAGAAUUCAAUUUGAUUUUGCAGAGACUGGAAUAUUUCGAAACUACAGUUUCUAACAUUCAGAAUGAUUUGAAAACCGUAAUUAUACGAAUAUUAUUUUUAUAAGCAGUGUUUUUCAUUGUGUUGGCUUAUAUCAUAUUAUGUUGCAUUGUUAUUCAGUUCAUUUUUUACAAAGUCGUUAAUCAUUUGUUAUUGCAAUUUGAUAAUUUGCUAGUAUAUAAAUAUCUUUAAAAUUAGUACAUACAGAUAUAUAUUUUAUAUGAUUAAGUCAAUAUAUUUAUAUGACCACAUUCAUAUUAGAACAUAUCAUUUUUAACGAUGUUUCUUUUUUCAUUCUAGAGAUGAAUUGAUUUUUUUGUUUAAUUUGUUUGUAAAUUAAUUGCAUUUAACAGAUAAUGUAAAAAACUCAUCACAUUCAUUCAUCUGUCAUCAAUUAAACAAUUGUACCAAAUUCUUGUGUAAAUUGAGACUCGUAAGACAUAGUUAGUGUACACAUUUAUGUUACAUAGUGUGUUUAUGCACAUGGUAUUAUAUCAGGCAAAGUUUAUUGAAUAAGACUUUGUCAAUUUUCAACCAGAACAGAACGAUCGAGUGUCAUGUGUACACAGUUUGUUGUAUAGCACCUUGUUGAAAGAUAAACAUUUGUGAUAA